AUGUAGGAGGGACGAAACUCAGGUCUGUAAACACGACAGCAAACAUCUUCAUCCUCUGAACUACCUUGUCCCAAAUGCUGUUUUUGCUUUGAGACGGGUUUUUUUUUCCCUGCUGGCCACGCUGACCCGGAGCUCUCAAGUCAAGUGAGUUUUCCCACCUCAGACUCUGAUGAUGUGGAACUACAGGCAUGCACCCCCCUACUCUGCGUCUGCAUGUGACUAGGCGGAUAAUAUUGUGUAGUAGAGAAGAAUAUUCCUUCCAGAAUAUUAGACGCAAAUGUCUACGAAGUCUUCAAAUGCCAUUGAAGUGCAUACAUCCUCAGGACUGAUGGACUCCGCGCUGUGGAAAGCUGAAGAAUUUGAAGAAGCCACACGCUACUCAGCUAGAGCUGGUGGACCAUCUUAAAACUUUUUUUGAAAAACUCUACAAAUCUGAAUUUUGGGGUGCUGGAGCUAUUGCUCAAGGCUAGAUAGAACUCAUCCUUAGUCCUCUUGAUGCUCCUGGUUUAAUUCCUCCCACAGCAAACUAAAAAAUAGAAUUUAAAAUGUGAAUAUGCAGGGAAUUUUCUGGUUUUGAUAUUUGGAACAAAGCAAAACAACAAAAACCAACGCCAUUGUCUCUUCAAAACCAAGGCUGCAGACUGCCUCUGAGGGUUGAAGCUGCUUUUAUAUAUGCCACAGUAGGGUGACGCCCCUUAGAAGGUGGCAAGGGUGAGCCAAACAGUUCAGAAAGUGACAGAGUCAGGGUUGCAAGUUUGGUUUCCAAAGGAAAAGCAACCAAGAAAGCCAGUGUGCCUUGCCCUGCCUGUGGUCUUUCCUCCCAGCUUAAUUGAAAAAAAGAUCCCCAGUCUCAUCAGUAGCAGGCAGUUCCUAAUAUGUUGGCGAGUUGGUAGGAUCUGGUCCCUCAAUGAAGCAGUUUUUGAUGAAGUCUUAGGGUUUCCAUCUCUGUGAUAAUGCCCAUGACCAAAUCAACUUGGGGAGGAAAGGGUUUAUUUCGCUGCCACUGCGCAGUCCCGAAGGAAGUCAUAGCAGCAACUCAAACACAGCAGCAAUGGGCGGUCACGGAGGAGCGCUGCUUAAGGCCAUGCUUCUUUCUCAUGGCUUGCUCGAGAAAGCCGCCACAGAUUCGGAGGUCACGGCCGUGCGUGGAUUUGCAAAGGCAUUGGGGCUGUCCCGCCCCCAAGAGCGAGCCCAAGCCACGGAAGGCAGCAGAGCUCGUCAGACCACGAGCAGAAAGAACCAAGAGGAGGCACGGCCCGGACCGGCUCGCGGGCGCCUCCCAGCCUGGUGCCACAGUCACCAAGCACCGGUGACUUGCGGAGCAGCCACCGCCGCCCCGGCUGCAGCGGCCACACGGAUGCCCGAGCCACGCGGCCCGCGCAGGGGCAGCCGCCACAGUCGCCGUCCCACGCGAACACCCGACACGCACGACUGCUGAUGAAGUGAUUGAGAAGGAAGCACGAGCUGAGCACCUUGCCUUUGCAGCCGGGACAGCAUGGAGCAGCCAUUCACUGUGAACUCGCUGAAAAAGUUGGCUGCAAUGCCUGAUCAUACAGAUGUUUCUCUAAGUCCGGAGGAGCGGGUCCGCGCCCUAAGCAAGCUUGGUUGUAAUAUCUCCAUUAACGAAGACAUCACCCCACGCCGUUACUUCAGGUCCGGAGUAGAAAUGGAAAGGAUGGCGUCUGUGUAUUUGGAAGAAGGGAACCUGGAAAAUGCCUUUGUUCUUUAUAACAAAUUUAUAACAUUGUUUGUAGAAAAGCUUCCUGGACAUAGAGAUUACCAGCAGUGUGAAGUUCCGGAGAAGCAGGAUAUCAUGAAGAAACUGAAGGAGAUUGCCUUCCCAAGGACAGAUGAAUUGAAAAAGGACCUGAUAAGGAAAUAUAACAUAGAAUACCAAGAGUAUUUGCAAAGCAAAAACAAAUACAAAGCCGAAAUUCUUAAAAAGUUGGAACAUCAGAGACUGAUAGAGGCGGAGCGCAAGCGGAUAGCUCAGAUGCGCCAGCAGCAACUAGAGUCAGAACAGUUCCUGUUUUUCGAAGAUCAGCUCAAGAAGCAAGAGUUGGCCCGCGGCCAGACGCGAGGUCAAGACUCCCGGGUGCUGCCUGAGCAGACUGAUGGAAGCGGACUGUCCUGCUUUUCCACCCACCAGAACGUAUUUGCCGAUCAGCCCCGGAAAAGCGAUGGCAGCGAUUUCGCUGAUCACUCUCCUCCCGUGAACAGGGCCUUAAAGCCCGCGGCCACUCUGAGCGCGGUUCAGAAUUUAGUGGUCGAAGGCCUGCGGGGUGUGGUUUUAUCAAGAGACCUUUGCCAGAAAUUUCUGCUGCUGGCCGAAUCAAACACAGUAAGAGGAAUAGAGACCUGUGGAAUCCUCUGUGGCAAACUGACACACAAUGAAUUCACUAUUACCCAUGUGAUCGUGCCAAAGCAGUCUGCAGGCCCAGACUAUUGCGACAUGGAGAACGUAGAGGAAUUAUUCAAUGUCCAAGAUCAACAUGGUCUCCUCACGCUGGGAUGGAUUCAUACGCACCCCACGCAAACCGCGUUCCUGUCCAGUGUGGAUCUUCACACUCACUGCUCCUAUCAGCUGAUGUUGCCCGAGGCGGUUGCCAUCGUGUGCUCCCCAAAGCAUAAAGACACGGGCAUUUUCAGGCUCACCAAUGCCGGCAUGCUUGAGGUCUCCACUUGUAAGAAGAAGGGCUUUCAUCCUCACACCAAGGACCCCAGACUGUUCAGCAUAUGCAACCAUGUGUUAGUAAAAGACAUCAAAACAACUGUGUUGGACCUGAGGUGACGUGCUCCAGAUACACGAGCAUCCGCACCAGAUACCUGCCAUGGAUGUGUGUGACUGCUGAAUUUCUUAUGACGUUUCCAGAAGUGACUGAUAUUUUAUAUUUAUAUAUUUUAGACCAAAACUUUGAUAUUUAUUGUUCUUGCACAUUUUGAAGUUUCCUUUUUGGGUUGCUGUGUCUCAAAGGAGGUCACAUGCUGUUCAAUCUAUACCUAUUAAUGUACCCAAAUAAUAUCCUCAGAAAAUAAAUUGUGUUGCAAAUAACAAUA